AUGCCUCUGCACCUCCUAGGCAAGAAGAGUUGGCAUGUCUACAACACAGCCAAUGUCGAGCGGGUGCGCCGCGAUGAAGCCGACGCUCAGGCCAGGGAGGAGGCGGAGGAACAGCGCAUGCAGGAGGAGGAUGCAAGCCGACGAAUCGCGAUUCUUCGCGGCGAGAAACCUGCUGCUGCUGCACUCCCUCCACCGUCUUCGGCCACGGAAGAGGCCGCGGGGAUCCGGCAUGACCGUCCACGAGAACGUAAGCGAAGACGAUUGCGCGACGAGGAUGACACGGCGAGGGAGAUCAGGUAUGCGCGUGAAGAUGCCGAAGAAGCAGGACAGCAGGCACGCCGAGCGCUGGAACAUAGUCAUGUCCACCACAGUCAGAAUCGGGACGCCGAUGCGCCGCUCGUCGAUCACGCAGGACAUUUGCAAUUGAUUCCUGUGCCUGACGAGAAAGCCUCAUCACGGAAGGCGGGAAAGAAUGCAGAGGUCGAAGCGGAGAAAGCUAAGAAGCGCAAGCGUAAGGAGGAUCAAGUCACGAUGAGAUUCUCCAAUGCGGCGGGUUACCAGCAGGGAUUGCAGAAGCCGUGGUAUGCUUCCAACAAGCGUGCCAAGCCCGAUGCCGAUCCUGCUUCUGCUUCUGCUGAAGACGGAGCCCUAACGCUGACGGCAGUGCAAGAGAAAGACGUCUGGGGCAACGACGACCCCAGACGUAAGGAGCGAGAGCGCUCUCGUAUCUCCUCUAGUGACCCUUUCGCAGCGAUGCAGAACGCGCAAAAGCAGCUCAAGCAGAGCACGAGGGACAAGGAGAAAUGGGAGCUGGAACAGUACCGAGAACUUGAGAAGCUGAAACGGGAACAACGUGGCGAGAGGAAACACCGUCGACAUCAUCAUCACCGUAAGCACACGGCGCGUGGGGAAGACGACAUAGCCUCGCUAGAUAACUUCAGCCUAGAUGCUCCGACAAAAGUGAAGUCAGGGGAGAAGUCUGAACCCCGACACCGUCGUAGACGUAGUAGAAGUCGCUCAUUCGAGCGCUACAGCCAUCGGCGGUCAUAG